AAAAAAAAAAAAAACAAAACUACGGCGGCCGAGAAGGGGAGCGCACGGCCCAGUCCUGAGGUCGCGGGAGGCUCCGAGGACUGCAAAAGGGUGGAGCCGGCCUCACCUCCGCCCAGGCCCCUCCCCUACCCAGGCCCCGCCCCCGCCGGGAGCCCACCUUCCCAGUCCCGAGCGGCGGGCGGAUCCUUGCAAGCAUGGUGGCGCCGGGGCUUGUACUCGGGCUGGUGCUGCCAUUAAUCCUGUGGGCCGACCGAAGUGCAGGUAUUGGUUUUCGCUUUGCUUCAUACAUCAAUAAUGAUAUGGUGCUGCAGAAGGAGCCUGCUGGAGCAGUGAUAUGGGGCUUCGGUACACCUGGAGCCGCAGUGACCGUGACCCUGCGCCAAGGUCAGGAAACCAUCAUGAAGAAAGUGACCAGUGUGAAAGCUCACUUUGAUACCUGGAUGGUGAUACUGGAUCCUAUGAAGGCUGGAGGACCUUUUGAAGUGAUGGCACAACAGACUUUGGAGAAAAUGAACUUCACCCUGAGAGUUCAUGAUGUCCUGUUUGGAGAUGUCUGGCUCUGUAGUGGGCAGAGUAACAUGCAGAUGACUGUGCUACAGGUAUUUAAUGCUACAAGGGAGUUGUCUAACACUGCUGCCUAUCAGUCUGUCCGCAUCCUCUCCGUCUCUCCCAUUCAAGCAGAGCAGGAGCUGGAGGACCUUGUCGCUGUUGACUUGCAGUGGUCUAAGCCCACCUCAGAAAACUUAGGCCACGGAUAUUUCAAGUACAUGUCAGCAGUGUGCUGGCUCUUUGGGCGUCACCUGUAUGACACUCUGCAGUAUCCCAUCGGGCUGAUCGCCUCCAGCUGGGGCGGGACACCCAUUGAAGCCUGGUCAUCUGGACGGUCACUGGAAGCCUGCGGGGUUCCUAAACAAGGGUCCGUUCCAUAUAAUUCCGUAACUGGUCCCAGUAAGCACUCUGUCCUCUGGAAUGCCAUGAUCCAUCCACUGUGCAAUAUGACUCUGAAAGGGGUGGUGUGGUACCAGGGGGAGUCCAAUAUAAAUUACAACACGGACCUGUACAAUUGCACAUUCCCUGCACUCAUCGAAGACUGGCGCGAAACCUUCCACCGUGGUUCCCAGGGGCAGACAGAGCGUUUCUUCCCAUUUGGAUUUGUCCAGUUAUCUUCAGAUUUGUCUAAGAAGAGCUCAGACGAUGGAUUUCCCCAGAUCCGCUGGCAUCAAACAGCAGACUUUGGCUAUGUCCCCAACCCAAAGAUGCCCAAUACUUUCAUGGCCGUAGCUAUGGACCUCUGUGAUAGAGACUCGCCUUUUGGCAGUGUCCACCCGCGAGAUAAACAGACUGUGGCUUAUCGGCUGCACCUGGGGGCCCGUGCUCUGGCUUAUGGUGAGAAGAACUUGACUUUUGAAGGACCACUGCCUGAGAAGAUAGAACUCUUGGCUCACGAGGGGCUGCUCAAUCUCACAUAUUACCAGCAAAUCCAGGUGCAGAAAAGGGACAACAAGAUAUUUGAGAUCUCCUGUUGCAGUGACCAUCGAUGCAAGUGGCUUCCAGCUUCCAUGAACACCUUCUCCACCCAGUCCCUGACCCUGGCGAUUGAUUCUUGUCAGGGCACCGUGGUUGCUCUCCGCUAUGCUUGGACCACGUGGCCUUGUGAAUAUAAGCAGUGUCCCCUAUACCACCCCAGCAGUGCCCUGCCAGCCCCUCCCUUCAUUGCUUUCAUUACAGACCAGGGUUCUGGACAUCAGAGCAAUGUUGCUAAAUGACUGUUUCAAUAUGAUCAGAACUUAGAUAUAAGGAUGGGUCCUUCAGAUUUUAGCAUUUAGGAGUUUCAAUAAUAACCAUUGCUUUUAAAGGAAAUUAAUAGAAAGCCUCAUUGAAUGGCUUCCAGCUAGCACAUGGCUGUUUCUAUAUUCUGAUGAGCCCAGGCUGGUAGGUAACUUGAAAUGCUUGCUUUUUUUGUCCCCUAGUUAGUCGAAGGGUCUGUAUUGGACUAAUUCUGAACUACAGACAAAUUGGACCUCAAUAUCAUUCACUUCCCUCAUAUUAAUGGGAGUGAAAUAUCUAAUACUUUUGCUCCUUGUUAUCCAGAGUUGUGGGAUCUCAGGAUUGGAAGAU